AUGGGGAGGAAUCGAGCCACGUCCAUUGCGUCGACGCGCAGUGGAGAAGCGCCCACGCAAGAGCUAGGGAGCAUGUAUGACUACCUAGCCAAGACGGUACUGCUGGGACCUAGCGGUGCAGGAAAAUCCUGCCUCCUCCACCGCUUUGUGCGCGACGAAUGGCGCGUCCUCUCCUCGCAGACCAUCGGCGUCGAGUUCUCCUCCAAGAUCGUCCACAUCGCCGACCGCAAGUCGUCGUCGCUCUCGAACCGCAAGCGCAUCAAGCUGCAGCUGUGGGACACGGCAGGCACAGAGCGCUUUCGGUCCGUCAGUCGCUCCUACUACCGCGGUGCUGCCGGCGCCAUCCUCGUCUACGAUGUCAGCAGCUGGCGCAGCUUCGAGCAACUGCAGACUUUCCUGAACGAUGCCCGUGCCCUGGCCGGUCCAGACAUCACAAUCAUACUGGCGGGCAACAAGAGCGACGUGGUCGAGGGAGGCCCGCCACCCGCAGGAUACAGCUAUGCGAGCACACCAAGCUCAGAGUACGCACUGCCACCGCCUACCCCUUCGAGUCAGUCCUCGCUCAGCAUGAACCUGAACAACCACUACACAAUCGCACCGGAAGGGAGAGAGGUGUCGCAGGAAGCCGCAUCCAGAUGGGCUAGCGCGAAUGGAAUCCCAGUCGCGGUCGAAGUCUCGGCGCUGAACGGAGAAAACGUAGAGGAGCUGUUCAGUCGACUGGCACGGAUGAUAUUGACCAAGAUUGAGCUGGGCGAGAUUGACCCCGAUGACCCACAAAGCGGCAUUCAGUACGGCGAUCUGGGGUGGGACGAUGGUGCCAGCAGCAUCAGGAGCGGGUACCCCGAUGGCUCCGUCAGGUGGAGAGGAAGCAAGAAGAAGCCGAGGACAGAGUGGGAGGAGGUGUUCAGGUUAAGCGGUGGGACCAGAAGAGGAGGCGGCUGCUGUUGA